UCUUUUUCUUUUCUUUUUUUAAAUGGACAAGUUGUGGCUUUAGAACUUACAAGUCACCAUAACCCAACGCAUAGGGAAACUUCAGAACAUUAUUAAAUACAGUUUUGCAUGUUAUUUGAUUCCUCAGGUUCAGAGAUGUCAAACCUUUCCAACGUGAUAGAUUUGAAUGAGAACGAAGAGAGAAAACCAGAAGCAGAAGAAGAGUUAGAAGAUGAAGAAAGUUUCUCAUAUGCUAUACAACUUAGCACCUCUAUUGUUCUUCCAAUGGCACUUCAAUCUGCAACCGAGCUUGGUGUCUUUGAUGUGUUGCUAAAAGCUGGUAACGAUGCUCAACUCUCUGCCGACGAGAUUGCGUCUCGUCUCUCAUGUACCAAUCCAGAUGCUCCCAAAAUGUUGGAUCGGAUCCUUGCUCUUCUUGCAUCUCAUUCUAUAUUGAAGUGUUUGGUUCUUCAAGAUGAACAAAAGCUUGGAUUGUUUCGUAGACUUUAUACUAUGGCUCCUGUUGCUAGAUUCUUCGCUCGUGAUUCUGGUGGUGUUUCCUUGGGACCCUUACUGGCUUUGAUUCAAGAUAAAGUCUUCUUAGCUAGUUGGCCGGAGCUUAAGAAUGCAAUUCGAGAAGGGGGUGUUCCAUUCGACAGAGUUCAUGGCACACAUGCCUUUGAAUAUCCGGGUUUGGACUCGAGGUUCAACCACGUUUUCAAUACAGGUAUGAUCAAUCAUACCAAAGUAGUUAUGAAGAAGAUUCUCGAAUGCUACAAAGGUUUUGAUAAUGUAAAAAAGCUUGUGGAUGUUGGAGGUGGUCUUGGUGUCAACAUUAACUUAGUCACCUCCAAAUAUCCUCGUAUUAAGGGUAUCAAUUUCGACUUGCCUCAUGUCAUACAACACGCUCCUUCUUAUCCUGGAGUUGAACAUAUUGGUGGAGAUAUGUUUGAAAGUGUGCCUAAAGGAGAUGCCAUUUUUAUGAAGUGGAUACUUCAUGAUUGGAGCGAUGAGCAUUGCUUGAAGCUUUUGAAGAAUUGUUAUGAUGCUAUUUCUGAUGAUGGAAAGGUGAUUGUUUUGGAGGCACUUCUUCCUAUUAUACCUGAAAAUGGAUAUGCUUCGAAGUCUACCUCUCAAUUGGAUGUUCUGAUGAUGACUCAAAAUCCAGGUGGAAAAGAACGAACUAGGCAAGAAUUUGAAGAUUUGGCAACAAGAGUUGGAUUUAGUGGCAUCAGAUAUGAAUGUUGUGUUCGUAACUUUUGGGUUAUGGAAUUCUUUAAGUGAAGAGUGUUAUUGCUGUUAUAUCAAAGUCAAGUUGUCUCUGGUGGUGCUACUUGUUUGUUAUACUACUAUAAUAAUAUUUCAUGUGUGUGUUUUUUUUAACAAUCAUUCCAUGUGUUGUAUAUGUUGAAAAAUAAAAUAUGUUCAAAUUAUUUAUGCACAAUGUUAUGAAAACUUAACUCAAAAAGAGUAACUAUUGAGUAUUUAUUUUUGGUAA